AAGGAGCCAGCCACCAGCAUUUGGUUAGAUAAACCCACAUUCAGAGAGAGAGAAAGCUCUAAUGGAAAACCAAUCUGUUAAAUAUGAUUAGAACCUGCAACAAUCACAAAUAAACCCACAUUGUUCGCCCUCUCCCACAUUCCUUGCCUUCCCCCUCCCCCCCCUCCCUCCCCCUACCCCAACCCCCAAAACGUACCAAUCUCAGACACAUUUGUUCAGUUUUCUCUUUUGGGUUUUGCUCCUCCUUUGUUGUUCGCUUUUCUUUUCAUUUCUGUGUCCAUUUUCAGUCCGUGCCUUUUCUUGGCUCUCUCUUUGCCUUAAGUCACUUUGCUUAUUUGUUUCUCCUUGUCUCUGAUUGAGAUAUCAAGAACCCCCCAUAUAUUGUUUGAGACAUUGGUUGUUGGGAGACACUAAGAAGACAUCUCCAUUUUCCUUUUCUUGAAUAAAAUGGGGAUAGCACUUUCAUGCCCAUUCGCUGAUUUUGACGAUUUGGAUAGCCAUUUUGAUGCUGUUCUUGUGAAAUCAAUUGCUUCUGGGGAAGGGGACAUGAGGACUGUUUUGAGUUCUGUCAGUUUCAAAGGUCGUGGUUCAGAACCUGAGAUGAUAAGCUUAGGAGGAAGAGAUUUGACUACCACAUUCUCCUUUAAAUCUCUUACCUCAGAAAUGGAAAAUGAGUUGUUUUCUAGAUCUAUUAUCUAUGAAUGUGGAGAGAAGGAUGACCGAUUGACAACCAAAGAUCAUAUACCAUUGGCUGAAUCAGGGAAACAAAGGCACCAAGCUGCACUAAAAUUGCAGAAAGUGUACAAAAGUUUCAGAACCAGGAGGCAGCUGGCAGAUUGUGCAGUUGUUGUUGAGCAAAGAUGGUGGAAGCUGCUUGAUUUUGCCGAACUCAAGCGAAGCUCUAUAUCUUUCUUUGACAUUGAGAAACCAGAGACUGCUAUUUCACGUUGGUCAAGAGCAAGAGCAAGAGCUGCCAAGGUAGGAAAAGGUUUGUCUAAGGAUGCAAAGGCUCGGAAGCUUGCUUUACAGCAUUGGCUCGAAGCUAUUGAUCCUCGGCACCGCUAUGGUCAUAAUCUUCAAUUUUAUUAUGUCAAGUGGCUCCACUGUCAAAGUAAACAGCCUUUCUUCUAUUGGCUUGAUAUUGGAGAAGGGAAAGAAGUCAACCUUGAUAAGUGUCCUAGAUCAAAGCUUCAACAACAGUGCAUAAAGUAUCUUGGUCCUACUGAAAGGGAGGCUUAUGAGGUAGUACUGGAGAAUGGGAGGUUUGUCCACAAGCUAAGUGGGAAGCUUCUUGACACAACAGGAGGACCAAAAGAUGCAAAGUGGAUAUUUGUUCUCAGUACAUCAAAGACCUUAUAUGUAGGUUUGAAGAAGAAAGGAACAUUUCAACAUUCAAGUUUUUUGGCUGGAGGAGCCACACUAUCUGCUGGAAGAUUAGUUGUGGAAGAUGGUCUUUUGAAGGCAGUCUGGCCUCACAGUGGACAUUAUCUUCCAACAGAAGAGAACUUUCAGGAGUUCAUGUCCUUUCUUAGGGAACAGAACGUAGAACUCACUGAUGUAAAGGAAAGCCCUGAUGAAGAAGAAGAAGCCAUUACCAAACAGGACAACAGCGUUAGUUUCCAAGACAACCAACCAGAUACAGAUUUUUGUCAAGGCACCAAAGUGACAAACAUUGAAAGCUUCCCUCAGCAAAACACAAAUUUCAGGGAACAAGACUCUAACGCUGAAGAAAAUACUGAUGUACAAUAUACAAAAAUGUCUCCUAAACUAUGCUUGAAGAUUACUAAACUUGAGAUACCAAGUAGAAGUGAUAUGUAUGAAACUUUCAAGGAGGUUGCAACAACUGAACCAAGCAGCAAUGCCAAGCCUCCUACAUCUUCCAUUGACAAUGGUUUUGAAUCAGCAAAAGAUUCAUUUUCCCAGGACGAUGGUUAUGAAUCAGCAGAAGAUUCAUUUUUGACAGAGGAAGAUUUCAUGUUUCUUAAGAUGAAUCUGUUUGAUGAAGAACAAGAAAAAGAAGAUGAAGAACCCAUCCCAAAAGAAAAAAUAGUGAAAAGGAUAAAUUCACAUAAAAGAAUGAACUCAUUUCAGCUGGCUAAUCAAUUAUCAUCUAAAUGGACCACAGGGGCAGGGCCACGGAUUGGGUGUAUGAGGGACUACCCAUCAGAGCUUCAAUUCAGGGUUUUAGAGCAUGCAAACUUGUCUCCAAGACAUGGAAGUGCCAACUCAACUCCCCUGACGACAUCCCGUUUUAGCCCAAGGAUUUGACAACAACUUCUGCAUGCAUGGAGACAAUCUCCAGAAGUCCCCUUGCUCCAGGUCAGGUUGUAUUGUCACAAACUUCAGCACCUUAGGCUGUUUUCCUUCAUUUAGUUCUUCAAACGGGGACGAGAAGGUGAUAUAGGAAUUCUUUUACACUUUUUUCUUUUUCUUUUUCUUUUUCCAUUCUAUCUCCAAGAGUCAGAGGCGUUAUUUAGUUCUUUUUUUUUUUUUACUAUUUGUAAAAUUUUUUGCUGUUCCCAUAUUUAUAUAUUCCCUGGCAUUUUCACGUC